AUGGAGGAUGAGGGCAUGUCCAUUGUUCCUUAUGGAUCAGGCAAUUUCGAUGUUGUGCUGCGACACAAUGACUCGGUUGUGGUUUAUGAUCGCGACUCGCGGCAACUGGUUCUCCAAAACACCGCGGAUCGGAGGGGCAGUGACCUCCAUCUGACCGACUGUCCUUACUGCCAUCGUCCUUUGCAUGAAAAUGGGUCACCCCAAGGUGAUCAUGAGAAUAGCCCGGGCGCGCAGGCGGAAUUCAUCAAUCCUGACUACUUUCGACUACUACAUGCUAGCUUACCUGGCUCUACGGACUCGUCCAAUCCCCCAUCCCCUCGCCGCCGUCUCGUUCAGCCAGCUAUCGCGGACGGUCCAACUAGUGAUCCUAGCUAUCCAGAGACCGGCGUCCAUACCAGUCAGGGAAUCUCGUCGGCGGCCUUUACACAGGAUUACUUCAAGAAGUUCUUUGUCGAAGAGACGGUUCUGGGCAAAGGCGGCAAGGGGGUUGUUCUUCUGGUCAAACACGUACUGGACGGUGUCUCACUUGGUCAUUAUGCCUGUAAGCGAGUCCCUGUCGGAGAUGACCAUGAGUGGCUUGAGAAGGUAUUAGGUGAGGUACAGCUUCUACAGCACCUUUCGCACCAGAAUCUCGUCUCCUAUCGACAUGUGUGGCUGGAAAAUGCAAAGAUCACUACCUUUGGGCCCAGUGUGCCAUGCGCGUUCAUACUUCAGCAGUAUUGCAACGCGGGGGACCUCCACAAUUACAUCUGCGGUGCAGUGCAGACUUCUACUACAAAACAGCAGCUCAAAGAGCGUCUGAGAAGAAGGUCAAGGGGUGGACUCGAUCCUGAGAACGAUCUUGGGGCGCUGCGAAAGCUCCAAUUCGAGGAAAUAUAUUCUUUCUUCAAAGAUAUUACUUCCGGAAUCCGUUAUCUCCAUGCCAAUGGCUACAUCCACCGUGAUCUCAAGCCUCAUAACUGCUUGCUGCAUAAGACCAGUGACGGGAUCCGGGUCCUAGUCAGUGACUUUGGAGAGGUUCAGGCUCAAGAUUCAAUCCGAAGGUCGACUGGGGCGACAGGGACUGUUUCUUACUGCGCACCAGAAGUUUUACGACGAGAAUACCCCGAUGGUCCUUUCGGGAACUUCACCUUCAAGUCCGACAUCUUCUCUUUGGGGAUGAUUCUGUACUUCCUCUGUUUUGCGCAACUUCCUUAUAGCAAUGCAGACUUGAUCCACGAGGAGAAAGAAGACUUAGACCGACUUCGUGAAGAGAUCAGUCAAUGGUCGGGAUUCGACUACGCUAGACGCAUGAGACCCGAACUCCCCGAACAGCUCUACAUAUUCCUCCAGCGCUUGCUGUCCGUGGACCCUGAUCGCCGACCUUCAGCAGAAGAAGUUCUUAAUGGUCUCCAGGCCGGGGCUAAUGUCAAUGAAAACUUCCGCUUGAAGCGAGCCAGCCCGACCAGCCCAGAUAUGCGCCCCAGCUCCCGGAUUCACCCGGUAGAAAGUCCGUCUGCUACAUCCUAUACUCGCCAGGCCCUGUCGCCGAAUAGGACCGUCACGAGACCGCCGCCGUGUGUACGGCGGAGUUCUGCAUACGAUAGUACCAACACGGACGCUGCUAGAGCCGAAUCUACAUCCACCUCUCUUGGCCCGGAACGAAAUCUCAUUUUUCGCCCGCGUUUCUCGAGUACUCCCUCUUCCUCACUCACGCCUGCCCACCAUCCUCCUGAGGAACAUCGCCACGAAGUGGCCCCCCAUGACAACUCUGACACAAUCGAAGAGCCCCAGCAACAACACCUACUGCCACCGCCUCCCCCACGUCACUGGUUCUUACAAAGAUAUUUCCCGUUCCUCGAGCCUCUGACAACUUCCGUAACUAAUUGGCAGCUUGGGAUCACAAUUUUUCAACUGGCCACGUUCCUUCUCAAGAUACUCUCUAUAUUUCAACCCUGCAGCCCGUUGACUGUCAACCCCUGGGUCGUUUAUCCCCUACUGUUAGUGGCGGCGGUCAACUUCCCAGCGACAAGCUUUGCCAGGCAGUUGGUCUCACUGAUGUUGCAUCUCGUGGUUGUAAGUCUAUGUAUGCAGAUGGAUGCGCUUUGUUGGAGAACGUACAGGCGGUAA